GUAGGUUCCAUAAUUUACAAACCUGUUCUGAAUAGAGAGUCACCAAUCUAGUUGCUCCAAAACCUUGUCAAAAUCAUUAGCAUCGCUGAGCAUCUAUUAUAAACAAAGCGAAUCUCAAAGAUGAAACUUUCUCUCCCAACCCUUUACUCGCUUGCUCUUGUGCUUGGAUUGGUCUCCGUGGCCGAUGCCAAGGUGCACAAAGCUCCCAUCAAAAAAGCUCCUGCACAGGCUACUUACCAGGAUGUUACUGUCGGCGAUUAUGUUGAGUCGUUGAAGCAAAAGUAUGUUACAUCUUACAAUAAGUUUAUCGCCGCCCAACAGAAUGACCAGCAAGUUAUCUCGCUCGGCAAGCGUUCUGACGAGAGUGCAACCUCUGGACACAACACUCCUUUGACCAACUAUCUCAACGCUCAGUACUUCACCGAGAUACAAUUGGGCACUCCUGGCCAGUCGUUCAAGGUUAUCCUCGACACCGGUUCCUCUAACCUGUGGGUUCCUAGUAGCGAUUGCUCGUCUUUGGCCUGUUACUUGCAUACUAAAUACGACCACGAUGAGUCCUCCACUUACCAGAAAAACGGUUCUUCCUUUAAUAUUCAAUAUGGCUCGGGUUCCCUCGAGGGUUACGUUUCCCAAGACACACUGACUAUUGGUGACCUUGUCAUCCCUAAGCAGGAUUUCGCUGAGGCUACUAGCGAACCUGGCUUGGCUUUUGCUUUUGGAAAGUUUGACGGUAUCCUGGGUCUGGCUUACGACACUAUCUCGGUCAACAGAAUCGUUCCUCCAAUUUACAAUGCUAUCAAUUUGGAACUGCUGGACGCCCCACAAUUCGCAUUUUACCUUGGUGACACUUCAAAGUCCGAGCAGGACGGAGGAGAGGCUACCUUUGGUGGAUACGAUGUGUCUAAGUACACAGGUGACAUCACCUGGUUGCCAGUCAGAAGAAAGGCUUACUGGGAAGUGAAGUUUAGUGGUAUUGCCCUUGGUGACGAAUACGCCCCAUUGGAGAAUACGGGAGCUGCCAUUGACACCGGAACCUCUUUGAUUGCUCUUCCAUCUCAAUUGGCUGAAAUAUUGAACUCUCAAAUUGGUGCCGAGAAGUCAUGGUCUGGACAGUACCAGAUCGACUGUGACAAGAGAGAUUCGCUGCCUGACCUGACUUUCAAUUUCGAUGGUUACAACUUUACCAUCUCGCCUUACGACUACACUUUGGAAGUUUCUGGUUCUUGUAUUUCUGCAUUCACUCCAAUGGAUCUCCCAGCCCCAAUUGGUCCAAUGGCCAUCAUUGGUGACGCUUUCCUCAGAAGAUACUACUCCGUUUAUGACCUUGGCAAAGACGCUGUGGGAUUGGCUAAGGCUGUGUAACUGCAAGGCAGUUACGUAUUAGCUUCAGCUUGCUAGCAUGAAUUCUUAUCGGGUACGGUUGUUUGACAACGAUUUUCUUUGUGUCUCUAUUAUUGCUAUAAAACAUGAAAAGAUUGGAUUUUUUUUGAACAGUUUCUAGUAAUUGCUUAAAUCUGCUCUUUUCCUUUUGUUGAUCAUGUGCUGCUCUGUGUGUUUCCUCUUCUUAUCAAUAUUAGAUUGUCUUUUCUUUAGCAGCGGAAGCUUUUGGUCUGCCUCAUCUUGCGGCUCUAUGCUUACAUUUCUC